AUGAAGACUCUCAUAGCGACUGUUACGGAAUGUCUCUGCGGUGCAUCCGUGAAUUCCGGCCUUCCACACUCUCAAAAUCGCCCCGGAUUGAUUUCCGAAAAGCCCUUGUUUUCGCCUUACACUGACGAUGAACGUGUUGACCAAUUCGUUGAGAUCAUUCGCACGGCUGAACUGGACGACCCUCAUCUUCUCGAGAAACUCAAUGCAACCAUCUCUGCGUCGGGAUGGAAAGAUUCUCUGUCUGAAUCUAUUCUCCACGGCAUUGAAGCAAUCCUGAAAAACGGGGCGGCAAUGGGAGAGGCGAUGACCGAAGCUGUCAGGCGCGCAACGAAUCUAGCUCGAGAAUUCGCCGAGCGGCACCCCGUUUACGCCGCACUCAUUGCCGCCGGCACCAUCAUUGCGAUCGGUGUUCUGGUCAUCAUGGGCCCCGGAUGGGUUCUGGAGGCUUUGGGGUUUGCAUCUCGAGGCCCACGGCUUGGCAGCUUCGCCGCACGUUGGAUGAGUCGCAUUGCAAAAGGGGAGCAGGGCCAAGUGGUUCGAGGGUCACUAUACGCGUAUCUCCAGAGACUUGGUAUGACACUUGGAUAG